CCCGGACACUCCCCGGGGCGGGCGGACCCAGCGGCCUGCGGACGGGACCCGGAUCGCACCCGCGAGAUGGCGGCCGCGGCCGUGAGCAGCGCCAAGCGGAGCCUGCGGGCCGAGCUGAAGCGGCGUUUGCGGGCGCUGAGCGCCGAGGAGCGGCUGCGCCAGUCCCGCCUCUUGGCCCAGAAGGUGUUUACCCAUAGUCAAUAUCAAAAGUCCAAAAGAAUCUCCAUCUUUCUGAGUAUGCAAGAUGAAAUUGAGACAGAAGAGAUCAUCAAGGACAUUUUCCAACAAGGCAAAACCUGCUUUAUCCCACGGUACCAGUUCCAGAGCAAUCACAUGGAUAUGGUGAAAUUAGCAUCGCCUGAGGAAAUCUCUUCACUUCCCAAAACAUCCUGGAAUAUUCAUCAGCCCAGUGAGGUCGAGGUUCGGGAGGAGGCCUUGUCCACAGGGGGACUUGAUCUCAUCUUCAUGCCGGGUCUUGGGUUUGACAAACACGGCAACCGUUUGGGGCGGGGCAAGGGCUACUACGAUGCCUACCUGAAGCGCUGUCUGCAGUCCCAGGAUGUGAGGCCCUACACCCUGGCCUUGGCUUUCAAAGAGCAGAUUUGCCUUCAGGUCCCCGUGGAUGAAAAUGACAUGAAGGUAGAUGAAGUGCUUUACGAAGACUCCUCAGCAUCUUAAAUCCUGAUGACCACAGCCAAAUAAUCAAGGUUUUGUGCCAGAGAAAAGCCAAACGUGUAUUUUCCCUUGUCAGAAAUUAGUGGAAAUUGCACAAUAAUGUGAAUAUGGGCUGUAGUGUUUUCAGUGUAAUUGUUAGAUACCGAACAUGAAACCAUUUAAAAAAAUCAAUAGCAGGGGCUUCCCUGGUGGCGCAGUGGUUAAGAACCCGCCUGCCAAUGCAGGGGACACGGGUUCAAGCCCUGGUCUGGGAAGAUUCCACAUGCCACGGAGCAACUAAGCCCGUGUGCCACAACUACUGAGCCUGCGCUCUGGAGCCAUGAGCCACAACUGCUGAUCCCGUGUGCCACAACUGCUGAAGCCCACACGCCUAGAGCCCGUGCUCCACAACAGGAGAUGCCACCGCAAUGAGAGGCCCGUGCACUGCAACGAAGAGUAGCCCCUGCUCCCCGCAACUAGAGAAAGCCCGUGCACAGCAACAAAGACCCAAUGCAACCAAAAAUAAAUAAUAAAUAAAUAAAUUAAUUUUUUAAAAAUCAA